AUUUAAUGACAUUUAAAUGUUGUACAUAAAACAAUCAUUUCAUCUUCUUUGUAAAAAAUAUUAAAACAGAAAAAAUGCAAUACUUCACAUAGUAACAAAACAGUAUAUGUGGUUAAAAUUCGCCGAUGUAAAAUAAACAAAAUAUACAGAAACUGGACAUGAAAGCAAAAUUUGACAAAACAUUGACAUUCAGAAUAUAUAACGAAGAUUAUAAUAAAGAUGACUGAAGACUGUAUAUAACAAUGCCAUUAAAUGACUAUGUACAACAAAUCUAACGCUGAGAAUCUAAUAGCUUCACUGGAAAAAGAAACUCCUAAAUCAAAAGACAAAGCAACAAGAGCAAUAAUGGAACAUCUACUUCUUCCCCACGGCAAAAUACCUUCGGAAGAGAACUUUAUAGAAAAUGGUUGUGCUCAUAUUGACUUACUACCUGAAUCUACAAAUAAAGUGAUCUAUAAAUCUACAUAUAAAUAUAUAGAUGCAGCUAACACUAGACUAGUAGAACUAGUUCAAUCAGGACCACUAAAAGAGAAAGGACAUAUCUUAAAAGGGUUACAUGAGUUACGAGAAGAGUGGACACCAUAUAAAAAAGCAGUCACUGAAAAUUAUCCUUGGACUACCAGACCCCAGGUUUACGCGAAAAAUAAUGUGUAUUUUAUUAUGUCUCAUGUAGGUAGCAAAAGUCAAGACGGUAAAUCGGGAAUAACCAAAUUAACUACACAGCAAAAAAUAAGAAGUGAAAAAGCCAUUGAUUUAGAUCUACACACAGGCAAUAUAAGGAAACCAUCUGGAAUUAAGUUGCUAGAUAAAUUUGACAACAAUUUUAAUCUUUUAUCUGGACCUACAAUCUCUUCUAUGAGAAAUAAAUAUGCAAAAUCUUCUGAACGUGGUAUGCCUGAAAGAGGAAUGGUAAACAUAACCGCUAAAAGAACAUCGGAAAAGUCAGUAAUUUCAGUUAUAAUAAAAAGAAAGGCAACAUCUAAGAAAUCAAAAAAAGCUAAAACGACUGAACUUUUGAAACUCACCCGUACUAAAGAAUUCCAACCAAGAGAACUAACUAAUACUGGUCUACCCCUUUCCAGAAGGACUUCUUCUGGCAUAACAUCAAUAACAAAAAAGUCAAAGAAAAGUAAAGCUACGGGUAAUUUAACACCUAAAGUAGGCAAAACUGAAAAAGUAUUUCUAGGUAGAUCAAACGCGGGACUUAUACUAACAGUCGUAAAUAAACCCCCGUCAGUAAGAGCUUCGACACAAAAGAGUAAAGAAAACAUUGGGUAUGUGCCUCUUUCACCAUUAAAGCAAUUGCAAAAGGAUAAAUCUACUGAAAUAAUAACGCCUUUGAGUGGGAAAGCUUCACCAAUAGGAGAAAAAAAUGUUUUAUAUACAUUAAGUACUACAUCAUCAGCGUUAGAUUUACGACUGCCACAAAAACUAAAACCUACACGUUUGAAAGAAAAUAUUGAAACAUUAGAUAAAGCACAAUUGUCCGGUCAUAUAAUAGAACUUGAAAAAAAAAUUGCAGCACACAAUAUUUCUCAAUAUCUGGCAGGUACCAGCCUUCCCCUACCAACAGAAAGAGUAGUUCCUCCUACUACGGAGAAAGUGUUGGUGGUAAAAAUAAAGCCUCGAAAAGUAUCCAAAAUUCCCCCUAAGAAAAUCAAAAGAGUCGCUGGCUUAUGUACACCUCUAGAAGGUCAAACAUCAGCUUUAAAAGAAAAGAUGCGGAAUGGUCAAGGCGAAGGUGGAAUGCCUCUAUCAGAAAGCAAAACAUCAUGUGACAAUUCUCUAGCAUACACAUUUAGUACUAAGUUAGGUAUGCCACAAGAUAAAACAUCACGCGAAAAAGCAAAGGGGGAAGAACUUGUCCUGUUGAAGAAGACUGCGGCUGAGACAGGUUUACCGCAUCUCGUUCGUAUUACAUCAUCUAAAAAAAUAGGGAAAAAUAAAAUUAGGAUCAAAAAAUUGGGUCCAAAGAGUGCAAAAAUGGUAAAGGCUCCUGAAAAACGAAUAGGUUCUGAAGUUAAGGUCAAGAAAACCUGUGAACGUGGCUGCGGUUGUGACAAAAAGAAAAUUAAAUUUAAAGAUAGUUAUAUUAAGAUUAAAGUAGAAACUCCAGAAACAUCAUCUAGUAAUUCUUCAAACAAGGAUGUUAACCCGGUAACUUACAUAAACCAUGGAGGCAUUAGGUUCACUAUUGGGUCAGCUAUUGGUGUACCUUCGUAUUCAAGAGAGGAUUUUGCUGAUUACAUUCCACAAAAAGAAUUACUUGACGAUAUGCCUUACAAAUAUAGAAGUAUUUCUAGUAGUAACACUGAUCACGCAAUUUUAUACAAUGGUUUUAAAAAUGAUACGUUAUGCUCAAAUAAAGAGUUUAACUUCAGUGAUGACGUAACUCAAGUUACUAGUGAUAUGAUGUUCUAUUCGUGGAACAAAUCAAGUUCUAAUGGAACACAUUGCGUUUACACUGCAGCACACACAUCCAGUGAUAAAAUGCACAGUGAUCGGACCCCUUAUGAAGAUAAGGAAGAGGAUCCUUGCCAAUAUCUGAAAAAAUAUAUUUUUAAAUUGUCAAGUAACCUUUACCACAACGAACCAUUAUCUAAUGAAGCUUUAUCGUCAAAAACAAUAUCCCGUAACAAUUCUGGAUCGUUUCAGUAACGCUCCCUCAGAAGAAUCUAUAAUAUGCAAGGAGGACCUAGAUGUCGUACCAGCAUACGUAUAUAGAGAUCGAUACGUAUACCAGAUUUUCAGAAUGUCUGAGAAUAAAGUAAACCCAUUACUUGUAAACAAAUGUACACACAUGCAAAAAACUAGAAAUGGGGAACCCAUUGUGGUAAUAAACCAUUUGAAUAGUGAGCGUGACAUAAUGACGAUAGUUGAUGAACUGUUGGCAAAAAACCAUUUCUCUGGAGCCUCCUCCAUAUUUGUACUUGUACCUUCAGAAGACAACGAUGUUGAUGGUUCGUCAGACUCCCUCAUGGCUUCUAUCUAUAAACCAAUAACUGAAAAUCAAACUCUGAGAGGCGGUGAUAUUGACCCGUUGGUGGACUCUGAUGUGCAACGAAGAAUUUCGACCACCGCGGACAAUUUAAAAAUUUCCACAAAGGGAAAGAAAUUCCUUAUGGAGAAUUUGCCUACUACUGUGCUAUCAUUUCAUAACAAGGAGACUAUGUUUGAUUCCCUAAAGACAUGGACAUUAUCAAAAAGACAUAAAAACAAAUUGUGUCAGAUCACAUCGGGACCACCAAACGAGAGAGGCGCAAACACGGACAGAGACUUGGUGAAUACAGAAACGAAUGUCAACCUUCCAUACUGCUGCUGUUUGAAUCACCAUGAAUGCUCGCAAUACUGCACUUAUGAUCCAAACCGACCUCCGAUACCUGAGUCGUAUGAUGAAUCGAAUGAAGUGUGGGAUCAAAUCGUAUCGGUUGUUAUCAGUCACGGUAUGAAUGCUGAAUAUAGUGAUUCUUUCUCAGCGCCACAGUUAAACUCACAGUCUAGAAAAUCGGGCACAACACUGAAUUUGUUUCGGACACAAGCCACGCUGUGUGAUACGCCACCGUGUAGUAAUCUACAGCUGAAAAAUAAUCUACCUGUACGUGAUACGCUACCGAGAAGAAAUAUAUCGCUACGUAAUAAUAUGCCACCAUGUUGUGAAAUGCUACCAGGUCGCAAUUUACCACCGCUUCAUGAAAUGCCACCGUGUAAUGAAUCGCCACCGUGCAAAAAUAUGACACCCUGUAAUCAAACGCCACCGUGUCAUAAUACGCCGCCGUGUCAAGAACUGCCACCAUGUCAUAAUAAGCCACCGUGUCAAGAAAUGCCACCUUGUCAUAAUAUGCCACCGUGUCAUAAUAAGCCACUGCGUCUCGAAACGCCACCGUGUCAUAAUAAGCCACCGCGUCACGAAACGCCGCCGUGUUAUAAUAAGCCACCGAGUCAUAAUAAGCCACCGUGUCAAGAAACGCCACCAUGUCAUAAUAAGCCACCGUGUCAAGAAAUGUCACCAUGUCAUAAUAUGCCACCGUGUCAUAAUCAGCCACCGUGUCAAGAAACGCCACCAUGUCAUAAUAUGCCACCGAGUCAUAAUAAGCCACCGUGUCAAGAAACGCCACCAUGUCAUAAUAUGCCACCAUCUCACAAUAAGCCACCUUGUCAAGAAACGCCACCAUGUCAUAAUAUGCCACCGAGUCAUAAUAAGCCACCGUCUCAAGAAAUGUCACCAUGUCAUAAUAUGCCACCGAGUCAUAAUAAGCCACCGUGUCAAGAAACGCCACCAUGUCAUAAUAUGCCACCGUGUCACGAAAAUGCACAGUCUGAUAAUACACCGCCGUAUUCACCUGAAAAUCAUCAUAACAAGGAAUCUACCGCUACAACAAAUUCAGAAGUAAAAUCGUGUGAGUGUAAUACAGAAAAAUUGAAGGAACUGCUAGAGCAAGCGCUCAGUACGGUAGUGUUGCAGAAUAUUAAGUCGGUUGGCUUCAGAGAGCGCAGAGAUACUGAGACACAAACACUCAAAUAUCCAUCCAGUACUGCUGUAGCCACUAAAACUGAAGCAGAUGUAGAACACUAUUCCACUUGUCGACUUCCUCCUAACGUCGACGAAUGUAGUUGUGAUCGAAAAAAGAAACAAACAAAACUCAAAUCAGCAUGUCCGUGCUCACCAAAAAAGAAUAAGAAAACGCGACCACAAACUACACGUGCUAAAUCACCCGUCGCAAGUCACUUAAGUCCAAUUCGCAAUCCAGAACAGAUACGGAUAAUAGGACCAGCAGGAGAGUCAGGACAGCAAAUUGAAAGCAGAAAAAUGUACACUCCAGCGGGCAAUAAACAAGCUAAACCCACCAAUACAAUUGGUACUGCAACCGCCCACGAUUUAGAUUAUAAGAGCAAACGUUUAAAGAAAACAAAGAACGUCAUAUGUGAAUGUCCACGAGAAGUAUUUGAGCGCGAACCAAAACCAGAUCCAGUACCAAGCCCAAAACCAGUACCAGUACCAAGCCCAAUACCAGUACCAGUACCAAGCCCAAUACCAGAGACAAAUCAAUUUGAAUGGGUUGACCAAAGAGAAGUAAAGAAAAUGAAGUCUGAUUUAACGCAUAAACUUUCAGGAUUUACAAUGGAGACAAAACCACACCCGCCUUCAACAGAUGAAGAAAGUACAGUAGAUGACGCACUUAAACACUACGCCGCUAUCUACCCAGACCUGUUUGAGCGUAUCGUUAAAGAACAUUUAUCAAAGCAGCAAUCGUCACAAUCGGCACAACCUCCACCGCCUUCAUCAGAAACAGCCAAAGAAAAAUCGUUGGAAAAUAUUAUAAAAAUUUCAAAAAAGCCAAAAACUAAAAUCUACUGCGAGUGGCCUGAAGGAGCCCCGCUACUGCCUUUACACUCAGUUAAAGCAAUACCUCCUUUUCCUCUAGGGGAAGCGUCACCCUUUCCAAUUACUCUUUCAACACGCUCAGAAUCUACAUUACAAUCAGAAAGUCAAUACAGUAAGGGCACCCUUACUGCAAGAUGUCUGAAGAUUAAAAUAUCAAGCAAAGUUACCGGUUCGCCGGGUCCCGCAGAUGUUUAUUACUAUGAUUUACUUCAGGACUCAUUUACAAGUUGGUGACGUGGACACUUGAAAUAGAAUUUUAAUUUUUCAUUACUAGGAUUUUAUAUUUUAUAACUUGAGUAACAUGUAACGCUAUUGUUUUGUUAUUUUUAUACAAAUCAACUGUUAUAUUUGUUAGUAAUUAAAAAUCUAUGAGUUA